AUGAAAGUUUUGUUCUCAGAGCCAUCUGCUCAAAAUGAAUCAGAUGAUGCGUCUGUGAGUAUGUGUAUUGAAAUAUAUGAAAUAUAUUAGAAAAUUAGAUAAUGCCAAAAAACUAAAUUAUAGCUAUUAAUUUUCAUAGGAAAUGCUUGUCAUCACAAAAUAUUUAAUUUUUUCUGCAAGAAUUUUACAACUGUGGACGAAGCUGAAAAACACUUCAAUAUAAAAUAUUUUGAUGAUCAUUUUCCAUUGGUUGUGUGUAGUAAGUCAACACCAAAAUCAGGACAAGUCUGUGCAUGUCCAUCAUCAGUCAACCUUUCUCCAAUAUUUGAGCACAGUCCCACCACUGAAAAGGUAGUUGUUUCAGACACCAAUGGUCAUGCAAUAAAGUCAGUAAUUGCUUUAGUUGGUCAGUUGUCAUCAAUGCAAGAAGAGCAAUUACUCUCAAGGCUUUUAUUUCAGUAUAUUGGAGGUAUGUCCAGCAAUAUGAGCUCAGUUUUCUUGCCACAUGAUACCAUUGGGAUAAUUGCAAAUGCUAUGAAAAACAUGUAAGAGAUAAUGACAAGCCAAAUCUAAUAUAUUACCUUGGAAAAAGUUUGGAGCCUGGUAAAGGACAGAGUAGGUUACCCUUGGACAGGAUGCCUUAUUGCUUAUUAAACCAUAAUAUUAUAUUCUUUGGUUCAGAAGAUGUGACCAACUUGCACCCUGAACCACACUUUGUUGGAUGGAAAAUUAGCUUGUUAGCACAUUUUGGGCACAAGUGGGCUGCUCUUCAAAGAGGUCCAAUGUGGUCUGAAUGUGAUAAAGGGUUGCCAAAAGUGGAUGUAGUUACCAAUGACACUAAAGAAAUUAAUUUCACACAAAACAUGCAUAAGGAGACAUCCAUCGAAGAUGUAAGUGUUCCCAAGCAGUUGGAAAAUAACAUAAUUCACCAAGCAAUUGCAGAAACCUUUGGUGAUAUUGCUGGUGUGGAUUUACAGAAUUGCAUUGUUGCAGAUGAUGAACUUCCAGUUACAAUUACCGAUGAAACAGGUUAGUGCACACAUAUGUACUCAGCGAUAACAGUUCUGUGAUAAACAGUAUUGUGGAUUAUUAUUUCCAAUAGACCUUAGAGAUGCUUAUGUCACACAGUUUUCAAUCCAUAUAAACGAUAGAUUUUAUCCCAAAUGUGUUUUCCCAUAUUGCAUUGCAAUUCAUUGUUUGGUAAUGGUAUGACAUAAGAACCUCUAAAGUUUAUUGGCAACCUUGGUUGUACAUUCUUAUAUAAUGUAUGUACAUUUCAAUAUGAUUUAAAUUAGUGGUUCAUUUAGCAUUUUUCUAAAAUGGCAUAGCAGUGUAAAGCCAGGAGUAAAUAAACUUGUUAAUUAAAUUAACCACUAACAUCUAAAUUUUCAUUUAAACUAAAAUGUAUGUGCAUACUGUAUAUGUUAAUGAUACAAAUUGCUUAGAUCCCAUUUAUAGUUAACUAAGACUAUAUAUAACAGAGACUUUGAAUUUUAAUGGAUGAGUUGUACUUUCAGUAUAUUGGAGGUACGACAAUUCUGCAAUGAUAACUGGUCAUAGUUAUGUACUUGGUACUGCUUCUCAAUUUGGGAUCUUUUAAUAUUUUGUAGAAGUGAUUCCAAAUAACAACGACAUCAAUGAAACACACUGCGAAAGUACCCAAGUGUCGUCCCUUUGGUCAGGUUUGACCAAUGAAACAAUAGAGGAUAUGGGCCAGUCAUUAAGCAUGAAUGAUUUGACUUGUAUGCAUGGGUUGGAUAGGACAUCUGCAUGUAAAUCUAAGUGAGUUAAGAGAGAUCCAACAAAGGUACUUAUUUAAUUAAUUGAUAAAUACUCCCUUUUUUCCCAAACCCCUAUCAGAGUCCCCCCUCCCCGUGGAUGUGCAUAUAUAUAUAUAAUUGAAUAAUUAUUUACAAUUUUUAUAUUUUUACUGGUAAGUCAAAAUCACCAUCAAGAAGUGAAUGCAUCUAUAUAUGGGGGGCUCCUACAUGUGGGGGAAUAGGGUAUUAAUACACCUUAAUUGCAGCAGGUACAGUACAUUUGCUUUCAUUUGAAUUCAUGUUGUUUCACUACCAUGGCAGGCCCGAGUAAAUGUUGCUGGUCUUUCUGUCCACCAACUUUAACGUAACAUAAAAACAACUAAUAAUGAUGCUAUACGUCAUGCACUGCAAAUGUAACAUACAAACACCUUUUUAAAUAGAUCUUACGAAAAUGCAGUCCAUCUUGAAAGAAGACUGGGUUUUAUUGAAAGCUGGAUAUGAAGAGUCCAAGAAAACUUAUGAGAAGAAACUUGGUGCUAGUAAUGUUAAGAAAAACACAUUUUUAUUGGCAUGGGAUGUUGUUGAAUAUGAAACACUGUCAAAGCGAAAUCUCUCAUUCCAAUCAGACAUAUUACCAAUUGUUUUAAGACUGCAAAAUAAUGAACAGUUGGAUGGGAACAUUGCCAAAUUUUUCACAGAAAUGUGCAAAGGUUUGCUACCAUACUGCAAAGGAGUAUUUGGAAAGCAAAGGGAGGCAGCAAGCCAGGUGUUUUCAUUCAUUAUUUUUGAAGAGCAGAGAAACAUCAAAUCGUAUAUGCUAUUCCUGUAGGCAGUUGGUUGAUGAAAUGAGGAAAUUGGACAUGCUGAAUGUUGGUAUGUAUUCAACACACUUGUACUGUAGUGUUUUACCAAGAAUAAAAGUAACAGUGUACUAUAUAGCUUUUACGGAUUUAGGUAUCAUAAUGCAGUAAUCCAUUAAUAGGCAAUAUCACUUGGGCUUAUAAAAUCUUCCAGUUUACUGCAAACACAAUAAUGUAGACACCGUUCUUAUGUUCACUUAGUAUGUAUACAGUAUGUACAUUUUAUCAUUUUCUAAGAUUUGUUACGGACAGAGAGUUGAACUCUUUACGAAUGAUGGCGCUGAAAGACCACUAGUUCGCCAAGCCAACUCUAGAAUGUUGCUGCAGUGUGUGGGGUAACUGUUCUGGGGAUGCACUUAGUCAAUUAACUUCCACCCAAAAAAGAGCUGCAAGAAUUCUCGUGAAUGUGGACUACACUACUCCAUCCUUAACUUUGUUCCAACACCUUCAAAUCAUCCCUAUAGUCGAUACCAUCCGCCAUCACAUCCUUCUACAAACCUUCAACUGUUUCCACAAAAUUAGCCCACCUUGCCUCAGCACGCUUGUAGAAAAGCCGACACACCACCACUCUACAAGGGCAGUAGAAAACAAUAACCUGUUUCUCCCCAAAGCCAGGACCAACGCAGGGAAACGCAGGUUUUCGUUUCUGGCUCCUUCCUUGUGGAACAAAUUUCCAGACGUGGGAAAAAAACUUACCACAACACACGGGUUUAGAUCGUUCUGUAAAGAACACUUUAAGAACAAACUGGCUAAGAUGAUUGAAUUGAACACAAAAAGAUUAUAGUAAUAUAAAACUUUAAUACUGUUGAUAGUUAUAGAUUGUUAAUGUUGUGUGAUUGUGAUGUAUCUGUGUAUGUUGUGUGUUUGUGACGCAUCUGUGACCGUAUAUCCUACGUUUCUAAAGAAUGUUAACUGCACGAGUAUUGUAAUCACGUGAUGUAAUACAUUUCUAGAACUUAAGAGGACCAGAUUGGAAACAAGCUGUACUGUAGCUUUAUCUGUAAAUCCUUGUCAAGUAAAGUGUUAUUAUUAUAUCAACUAUUGAACUGAUUGCAAUUGCCAGAAAACAUGCUAAAAGUGACCGAGUUCAAGACAUGAAGAAGCACUUAACUCGGUCUAACUCCUGUUGUGAAAGAAGGUACAAUCAGUGACAAAAGGUUUUUGGACAGUGGUAUAAUAUAUACAUAUCUCUGCAUUUCCAAAUACUGUUCAGCAUAAAACCACUAUCCCUCCCUCUCCCACCCUAAACAAUGUUGGGUGGCUGGCAAGGAACAUUUUGUGCAGGUAUUUCCACACACAACAUUGAACAGGGGGUGCGGGGGUCGAUUAUGUUGUAAAUGUACGCUCUUUUGCUAUUUUGUCCAAAGUGUUUUGUCACUGAUUGUCAGAAACGUUAUUCUAAGCCAAAUUAAAAUAUCAGUUAUUGAAGCUAGAAUUACUUGUAUUUUAUAGUAUUACCAAUGGUGUUUACAAAUAUUAUAGAUGCCGUGUUUUGGUGAGCGUAUACAUGGUUAAUUUACGCAUACAUUGUAUGUCAUUAUUCUAGUUUAAUCAUAAUGCGUUUAUGCACGUUUCCAGAACUACUCAAACUUUGGGAACUUCGUAGUUUGGAACUGCAAGCGAAACUAGUAGAGCAAUCUGGAAUUUAGGGCUAGUAAACACGUUCGGAAGCUAAUGCAAUUAUCUUUAAGUGCUUAUUACGUAACUUUUGUGGAGAAUAUAACGUCAUCGUCAACAUCCGGAUUAAUCUCAAAGCUGUAGUAUUAUAAAGCGCACAGUAUGCAUGCUAUAAAUAAGAGGUAGUUAUAUAGAAAGCAAGUAACAAUGGCUUAUAAAACAGCUGUUUCAGAUACAACGCGAGCAUAUGUUCUAUUUCUAGGCAAAGAGGAACGAUAUUCCUGCUGAGCGAUUGCUAAAAAAGCAAAAAUAUCUAAAUCGUCAGUCUCUCUUAUCUGAGAGGAAAAGUUCAACGCAAGCAAGAUUUGAAAACAUGCAAGAAAAUUGGUAGACCAAAGACGCUGUCAGAUAGAGUUCGGAGAAAAUUGAUAAGAAUAAUAAAAACUCUUCGUGAUAAAGACCCAAAUUUUACUGUUGAGCGCUUGGUUGCGCGCAGCAAGCUGCUGUCAGGUCACAUUUCCUAUAGGACAUUUUAUCGUGAGGUGAAAGCAGCUGGAUUUGAUUAUUUACGUGCGAGUAAAAAGGGGGUUUUAACAAGCCGUGAUCGGACAAAAAGAAAGGCGUUUGCGCAACAAUGCAGGAAGAUUAUUUCCACAAAGCCCGGAUUCUUCUGGCGAAAUAUUGCCUUCUAUUCAGACGGGUUUCUUCUGUUUAUAAGACACAGCCUCUUAGUGACGCUUUAUAGCCCCUAGAGGGCGUGUCUAUGGAGACAAUUUAAGACUAGAGUUAUAAAAACUUGAUAUAAUAUUUAUGUAGAUUAUAUAAAUAAUAUUAUCACAAGGAUGCCUAUACGAAUGCACGCGGUAUUGCAGGCUGACGGCUUCAGAAAAAAAAUACUGGGAAAGUUACUAUGACAACGGGUUGUACAUCGUAUUUCCGUAUCAACGAAUCCCACACUUGUUCGCGUAAUAAUUUCCAUAUUUUCUGAGAUGUAUAUAAAAAUGAUCGUUGUUGGGAAUUUAAAUGCACAGUUGCGUGCGUAAAGAAUAAAUUAAUACUUUGGCUUCAAACAUGCACGCGUUUCGUUAUAAAAUACAGAGAAAAUGGGUUAAAAAUGGACGAUUCCCACUUUUCCAUUUAGUAUAAUUAUGAUGUCAUAUUUCAAUGUAUAAAUAGUGGGAAUCGUGGACGAAAAUCGGAAUUUUAUUGAAUCAAAUUGAUUUCGCUCGAAGUUAUCCACAUAAUCAAUUCCUUUGACAUAAGUACAAUAAGCUAAGAGAGAAAAAACGCAAGAAUUGUUGGACUUAAUCGCCUUUUCUACAUGAAAUGUGACUGGGAUUCGUGUGGGAUUCGUUGUCGUGUCAUAAGCUAAUUAGUUAGUGAUCACCAGAAUACAUAUUUUUUAACACCUUAAUAUACGUUAAAUUAAAACACAUCAUUAUAGAUCACUGUUCAACGUAUAAUACUAACUCAGCAAAGCACCGAGCGCAAGCCGCAAUGUUUCUUUGUUCAUCACACUGAAUAUGUCUAUGGAGCGGAAACAUUCGCCAUCUUACAUUCAUCAUUUCUGUGUUCACGUGAUCAAUAGAUCCAUUGUUAAUUAAAUCAGGUGGGGCGUCACACGUUGCAAGGAAUGGCGUGCCUCGCUCGAGAACAGUAUAAUAAUAUUGGUUCAUCUGAUUUUUCGGGGCUGGAAAAUGAACCGUGUCACCUUCUAAGACCUGCAAAAAGUCGCACCACGGUAUAAGGGAUGGUUUCCCCAAACCCUACAUUUUAAGCCAUUUAUACGUGUAUGAAUUUAUACCUAUAUAACGCUUAACUGAAAUUACUUUAUUAUGAGCCGACCAGCCAAAUAAUGGGUAAACACUUGUUCAGGUUCUUGGUAAAUUUAAACUUUUUAAUCAAGGCUGAACAUGUAAUAAAUACUUAAUAUUUAUGAUACAAUAUUCUGCCAGCUUCCUACAAUCACUGACAAAAGGUUUUUGGGCAGUGAUAUAAUAUAUACAUAUCUCCGCAUUUCCAAAUACUGUUCAGCAUAAAGCCGCUAUCCCUCCCUCCCCCACCCUAAACAAUGUUGGGUGGCUGGCAAGGAACAUUUUGCGCAGGUAUUUCCACACACAACACUGAACGGUGGGUACGGGGGGUCGAUUAUGUUGUAAAUGUACGCUCUUUUGGUAUUUUGUCCAAAGUGUUUUGUCACUGAUUGUAGCAUAAUAAAAUUAUCAAAAAACUAUAAAUGUUGCAUAUAAAUAUUUACCAUUGGCUUAAUUGAUUAUUCCUGAUUAUUUAUUAUUGUAAUUUUGAAAUAUCUCCUUUUUGCACCCUUAAAUUUUUAUGGACCCCCCCCCCCCAAUUUCUCAUCAGUCCCCCCUCAACACCAGUUCCCCCUUGCCUAAGUAGGUGCAUAGAAAAAAGUGCCUUGAAUGCACAGUAGCACUAUUUAUCAAGCAUGCAUCUUGGUUUUCAUCCAAGCAAGGCCUGAUACUAUUACUACAGUAUAUGAUAUUUGUAUGUCAACGCAAGGUAUAUAAAGUUCAUUUCGUAUUUGUGCACCACUCAUGCCUUUAGAUAAAAUAGCUGAUAGUCAAGUAUAACAUUCUUACCUCCUCUAAAGAAUUCAGAAGAAGAAAGUUCAUAGUAAGAUGGGCCACAAACAGAUUUUGCUUUCUUUAAUGUCCUCUGCGCGUCGACAUCUGCUCUUUGAUUACAAUCAUCAGGUCUUUUGAUUGCCAAUCAACUUCUACAAAGAAUUGCAUCGAGACGGAGUUGAAAUCUAGUAUGCUUAAUAGCAAACAGUCAAUAUUAACAUCACUAUGAUAUUAUUUACCUUUACUUGAGUCGUCGUUAAGCCAGUUUCUGCUACAGCGCUUUCGAUCAUUUCGCGAUAAUUUAAACCAACACCGACCAUUCCACGGCCGUAAAAGCUUUCCAAAAUAUCUCUCUGGUUGUCACUUAUUCUAGUUCUCUUUCCUGCCUCCAUUUUAUUACACAGAAUCGCAAAUAGACUAAAUAAUCUGCUAGAAAGCCUAGAAAUGUUUUCAAUAUGGGAGAAACCAGCUCACAGCUCCGAAAAGAACGUAUUGUAUAGUAACACGAUUGUGAUUGGUUUAUAUGUAUAAUGAUAUGCGAAUAUGUCAGCGUUAGGUAGCGCAGGCGAUAGACUGGCACGGGUAAUACCGAAUAUUCUCAAUUGAGAACAUAUGGGUAUGAUCGAUGUCGCAGAAUUUGUCAAAUAAUGUGAACAAUAUUGUUUUAAUAAGGCCCGCAUAUUGUAGCCUAUCGCAAUGAGUCAAUUACUGUGGAUAUCACUUAUCCAUAAUAGCAAACGAUAUUCCGGGCGGAAAACAUAGGUUUGUUAAAAAUAUUAUAGCUGUGACAACUAUUCUGAAUUUAAAUAAAGCCAUAAAAAAUCAAACUAAAUUGUUUUAUGAAUUAUGGCGCUAUUUAAAAUAGUUGUCUUGGGAAACAGGGUGGACUUUCGUCUACGCAUGCGCGAGAAACAUACUGUAAGCGUGGAGUGCACGUGAGCGCGGGUUAAUCGCGUCACUGAAUUCUAAAAACAAACACAAACUUGCCAAAACUACUCGUGUUUCUUUAGUGUUUCUACGCUCACAAUUUUAGGCAUUUCCAACUUAGAGAAGUGUUUGCUUUGGAAUAAGAACGUGAAAGUAGAAAUAAAAACUUUGUUGCAGCAGUUUAAUUUCACAGUGCAA